AUGCGUGAUAUUUUAAUAUCUACAAGAUAUGUUUUGGCCAUGAAUGCCUUUACAAAUAAGUCAACAUUAGCAUUUCUUAAAGCAUAUCGUGGUGAAGACAUUCAUAUAAUUGAUAAUAGAUACCAGCCUCAUGUGGAUGAGAUAGUUGAAAUUCUUUAUGAUUCGAAUAGUGAAGCUGAAGCUAUAAGAAUAGGAUUUGACCUUUUGACGCAAGGAAAACGUAUGACAUUUAUAUCUACUGGAGUAGUGAUGGCUAGAGUGUUAGUAGAAAAAGUAUCUAAGUUAUCUAAACCUGAUAAUUUACCUGUUAGAGCCUGUGCAUAUUAUGGGAUAUAG